AUGAUUAUGCAAAACGCUGAUAAUAAUUCCACUUGCUCAACAAGGUCAUUGACAAGAAAGAUUUCAAAUAUCAAAAUUAAAAAGCAAAAUGACUAUUCAAGUAAUUUCUUUGAAGAAUUUGAUAGUAGUUCAAAUCCAAGUCCUCAACCAAUUAAAAAUCCAUUAAUUGUAGCGUAGCAAGCUUUCAAAAAGCACUUUUAGAAGGACUACGAUCCUCUAGGGGCAAUCAACAGCUUCUAAAUCAAUAAUAGACGAAAAUUAGUAGCUUAGAUGUGCCCAAUAAAAGUUGAAAAAUUUUGA